UGUAUGUAGUUUUCGCUAUAAGAUGUGUGUCUGUGUACAUAUUGAUAGUUUCAUAUAUUUACAUCGUUUCUUUAGGUUUGAGUUUGUUCAAGUAAAUUUAAUGUGUAUAAAAAGUUGUAGAUAGAAUAAUCGUGGUUUACAAAUUUGCUAGCUUUGUCACUGAUUUACGGCUAUGUGUGGAGUGAGCAUUAGAUCAGGGAGGGUUUGGAUAUGCGCAGACCCCCCAAACUCCCGAGUCUGUAGACCCAGGUGUCCCCAGCCCCCCCUCGCGGACAGCCCAAGUGAGUGUCGGAUCGGCUGAUUGGAGCAUCAACACACCAUCCAUCAUCCAUCAUGGUCGCCGCUUUCCUACCCGCCCAUCGAGGACGAAUUACCAGUCGGCUGGCGAAGAACUCCUUUGGUAUCCAUCAAAUCCCAGCUAAACAAUUCGGCUCCCGACUCUCUUCUUCAUCUCAAACUCAUCCACCCUCACCACCAUCAUCAUCAUCAUCUUCUUCUUCUUCUUCUGCUGCUGCUUCUUCUGCUUCUCGAGUUUCAACUCCUCAGGCUCGGGCUCUUCGAUCGAUCAUCUCGCUCUAUCAUGCCUCGGAACAUUUCGCUCCUCUUCAUUCUAAUGAACGACUAGUUAAAUUUAUAGAUGAUUCGAUCUUAUUCAAGAAACCGCCGACGCCAUAUCCGCCUGCACAUACUCCGAACCUAUUAGCCUCGACGAUCCGAAGCCUGACGUUGAACAAGACGAUCCUGCGCUCGGGCGAGAGCGAGCAAGACUUGAAUCCGAUCACCUCGGCGCACCGGAUCCGGGCCGGCCACCUCCGUUGGCUCGGGUUGAAGGACGCGCUCUGUGGGACAUCGGCUAGCGAAAUUCAGGACGAUCCUCAGCAUCGGAUCUCUCGCUUCUCUUCCAAAUUCUCCAUCCCCUCUUCUUCUUCUUCGGCUCCUGCUGUGGCCGCCGAUCGGCUCGGGUCCUCGACUUCUCGGAUCAAUAAACCGAAAGCUGGCUUAGAUAUCGUCCACGAAAAUUGGGAGAUUCUUCAAGAGAUGUCAAAGGAUACCAAAUAAUUCUCUUGUUUUAUAUAGAAAUCUAAAUUUGGGUUUUCUGACUAGGAUUACCGACAUCCCAAAUCACAGACUUAAAAAUAGAACGAUCAAUGCAAAAAAUUCUC